AAUUAACAUAUUACCACAUGUUCCAGUCCAGUCUCGCGUGUGAAUAUUUACGUUUAAUACCACAAUGCAAGGAUAUACGUUUCAAAAGAGGCAAAAAGGCCGUCGAUGGAUGAAGUGGAAAAAUGUUUUAAUCGCAGUGAUUUAUCUAGUGUUAGUGUGCAGUAUUAUUAUCGGUGCAAUUUACUUGUAUCCGAGACUUCGUUUAGCUGAACAAGAAGAUGAUAUAUGUUUAACUGAAAACUGCCUAAAGGCAGCAUUGCAUAUAGUAUCUUCCAUGGACGUAUCUCAAGAUCCAUGCUAUGACUUCUACCAAUUCACUUGCGGCAGUUUUAUGGAGAAAGUUCACGAAAAAAAUAGUCCUUCUCAGUAUUACACCCAAAAGUUAAACACUGCGAACAAGUUAAACGCUAUAAUAGCAGAACCAAUCACUGGAGAUGAGGAAGGUAUCUAUUUGCAACAGAAAAAGUUUUACCAAUCUUGUAUGGAUGUGACCGCAAUCGACGAGGAAGGAUUAGAGCCUUUCAUGAAUUUAUUGGGGGAACUUGGCGGUUGGCCAAUUCUGGAGGGUCAGAAUUGGAAAGAGGAGGACUUCAAGUUAAACGAAUUUAUUAUAAAAUGCAUGGAGUUUGGACUACCCUUUCAGUGGUUCUUCGAGUUAACUUUUAACGACAAUAGGCUUGGUAUUCAUCCUCCAAAAAUAAUAAAACAUAAUGGGUAUUAUAAAGAGUCUGCUUACCUUAAUUUAAUGAUUGAAACAGCGAUUGACUUAGGUGCUUCCAGUACUAUAGCACUGAAUGAAAUGGGUAGAAUAUUGGAAUUUGAGAAAGAUCUUGAAUCAAUUGCUGUAAGUCAAGAUAUAACAAUCUUUCCUUUAUAUGAGUUAAAUAGUACUGUUCCUGCACUUCCGUGGUUGGAUUUUUUAAUUAAUGUGGUUAAAGAUUACAUGUACCAAGGAGAUGAUUCCGAAAUUCUUUUAGAUGAGACGUACCUAAGGCAACUCAAUCUUCUACUUGCAGAAACACCUAAAAGAGUCCAAGCUGACUUCAUCAUAUGGAAAAUUGUACAAGAAUUUGGGUUCUACUUAGCCAAACCGGUGAGAGAAAAUCUUUUGAAUUUCACAAACUUAAUGGUACACGAGCAACAGCAAAUUAACACACGUUUCAAAUUUUGUAUCGCAGAAUCCAUCGCAAGAUUUCCUCGUAUAGCAGAAGCACGAUUUAUUCAAAGAUACAUCAAUGAAGAUAGAAUAGAGACUAUUAGAGACAUGAUUUCAAAUAUAAAGAAUCAAUUUGUAAAUCGACUGAAUGCUGCUGAUUGGAUAGAUGAAGGUACGAAAGAAGCGGGGAUAAAUAAGGUGAACAAUAUUGUGGAAAUUAUAAGUCAACAUUCUUUGGAUUUUGAUGAGAACAUUUUAAAGGACUUUCUUAAAUUGAGUGAUCUAGAAUUCACCACAAGUAACCCAAUUGACAUGAUAAGAGAAAAGAAUAAGGACGUACUUAGGCAGCAGUUGGAAACAGAAAAUAUUACCCAAGUAGACUUUCUAACCAAGUUCUUCUUUUCGAAAACAUUCAACAUAUAUGCUGCGUACAUGGAAAGAGAAAAUUUUAUAUUUUUGCCGGCAGGUAUCAUCCAAGACGUUUUCCUUGAUUCAGGCAGACCCAAUUACUUAAAUUACGGAGCAUUGGGUAGCAUUGUAGGUCAUGAAAUUGCCCACGCCUUUAGCAAGGUUGCCACUACCCAUGAUUCUGAGGAAGAGCAAGAAAUCAUCGCUACGUGGUUAAACAGUACCUCUGAGACGAUCAAUGAAUUAUAUUUCCUAAAUACCACUGAUCUAUGGCAAUAUGAUAAUUUGGAAGCUUUGAUCUCAAGAAUGAGGUGUAUAAGUCCUGAACUGGCGACAAGUGAAAACGACGAAACGCUUAUCUCUGAAAAUUUUGCUGACUUGGUCGGCAUCGACGUAGCAUACGAAGCUUACGUAGCAUGGGCAGAACAGUACGAGAAGGAACAGCAACUUCCUGGCCUUUCUUUCUCACCCAGUCAACUAUUUUGGAUACAAUUUGGAGCCGUGAACUGCUACAAACAUUUAGACAGUGUACCGUGGACAGUUGAUAAAGAUACUCAUUCUACCAUGAGAUACAGAGUUAUAAAUGCCCUGAAAAAUUCUGAAAAUUUCGCCAAGGAUUUCGAGUGUCCGGAGGCCAGUGUUAUGAAUCCUUUAGAAAAGUGCCAUGUGUUUUAACUAUAGAGUAUUAUAAUUUUUGUUAAU